UAGGGCCCUCGACCUCUCCCUGGCCGGGGAGCGUAAGUGUCAAACUGCAGGAAUUACUCUUAAUUCUAAGAAAAAACUGGAAGCACAAUGGGAGAUGACAGCGAGUGGUUGAAACUGCCGGUGGAUCAGAAGUGUGAACACAAGCUCUGGAAAGCAAGGUUAAGUGGAUAUGAAGAGGCCCUGAAGAUCUUCCAAAAAAUAAAGGAUGAAAAGAGCCCAGAAUGGUCCAAAUUUUUAGGACUGAUCAAAAAAUUUGUCACAGAUUCCAAUGCAGUGGUUCAGUUGAAAGGCUUAGAAGCUGCUCUUGUUUAUGUUGAAAACGCCCAUGUAGCAGGAAAAACCACAGGAGAAGUUGUGUCGGGUGUUGUAAGUAAAGUGUUCAACCAGCCUAAAGCCAAAGCCAAGGAGCUAGGCAUAGAGAUUUGUCUCAUGUACAUAGAGAUUGAGAAAGGAGAAGCUGUGCAGGAAGAGCUUCUGAAAGGCCUGGACAAUAAGAACCCCAAGAUCGUAGUGGCCUGUAUAGAGACACUGAGGAAAGCCCUAAGUGAAUUUGGUUCCAAAAUCAUCUUGCUGAAGCCAAUUAUCAAAGUGUUGCCAAAACUCUUUGAGUCUCGAGAAAAGGCUGUUCGAGAUGAAGCCAAAUUAAUUGCUGUAGAGAUUUACAGAUGGAUUCGAGAUGCCCUGAGACCCCCCUUACAAAAUAUAAACUCUGUCCAGUUGAAAGAACUAGAAGAAGAAUGGGUGAAACUACCAACAGGUGCUCCUAAACCAAGCCGGUUUCUGCGUUCCCAGCAAGAACUGGAAGCUAAGUUGGAGCAGCAGCAGUCUGCUGGUGGGGAUGCCGAAGGAGGUGGUGAUGAUGGUGAUGAAGUGCCACAGAUAGAUGCUUAUGAGCUUUUGGAAGCAGUAGAAAUCCUUUCCAAACUUCCCAAAGACUUUUAUGACAAAAUUGAGGCAAAAAAAUGGCAAGAAAGAAAAGAGGCCCUGGAGGCUGUAGAAGUGCUGGUGAAAAACCCCAAACUGGAAGCUGGUGAUUAUGCAGAUUUAGUAAAAGCACUGAAGAAGGUCGUUGGGAAGGACACCAAUGUCAUGUUAGUAGCGUUGGCAGCAAAAUGUCUCACUGGCCUGGCUGUUGGGCUAAGGAAGAAAUUUGGACAAUAUGCAGGACAUGUUGUGCCAACCAUUUUGGAGAAAUUCAAGGAGAAGAAGCCUCAAGUAGUCCAAGCCCUGCAGGAGGCGAUCGACGCCAUCUUCCUUACUACCACACUACAGAACAUCAGUGAGGACAUUUUAGCAGUAAUGGAUAAUAAAAACCCAACCAUCAAGCAGCAGACAUCCCUUUUUAUUGCCAGAAGCUUCCGCCACUGCACUGCUUCUACUCUGCCAAAGAGCUUGCUGAAACCCUUUUGUGCUGCUCUACUUAAGCACAUCAAUGAUUCUGCUCCCGAAGUCAGAGAUGCUGCCUUUGAAGCAUUGGGUACGGCUUUGAAGGUGGUUGGUGAGAAAGCUGUGAACCCAUUUUUAGCUGAUGUGGACAAGCUCAAGCUUGAUAAGAUCAAAGAAUGUUCAGAAAAAGUCGAACUGGUACAUGGUAAGAAAGCUGGACUAGCAGCUGAUAAGAAGGAUUUCAAACCUGUACCUGGAAGGACUGCUGCUUCAGGGGCUGCGGGAGAUAAAGAUGUGAAGGACAUUUCAGCACCCAAACCAGGACCCUUAAAAAAGGCACCUGCUGCUAAGGCCGGCGGACCACCUAAGAAGGGAAAACCAGCUGCACCAGGAGGCCCAGGGAGCACAGGAACCAAGAGUAAGAAAGGAUUGGAGACCAAAGAGAUAGUGGAGCCGGAGCUCUCGAUAGAAGUAUGUGAAGAAAAAGCUUCAGCUGUCCUUCCCCCUACCUGCAUCCAGCUGUUAGACAGCGGUAACUGGAAGGAGAGGCUGGCUAGUAUGGAAGAGUUCCAGAAGUCUGUUGAAUUAAUGGACCGAACUGAAAUGCCAUGCCAGGCGUUAGUGAGAAUGCUUGCCAAGAAACCUGGAUGGAAAGAAACUAAUUUUCAGGUGAUGCAGUUGAAACUUCAUAUAGUUGCUUUGAUUGCCCAGAAGGGAAAUUUUUCCAAAACUUCAGCUCAGGUUGUCUUAGAUGGCCUUGUAGACAAGAUUGGAGACGUGAAAUGUGGGAACAAUGCAAAAGAAGCUAUGACUGCGAUAGCCGAGGCUUGUAUGUUGCCAUGGACGGCUGAACAGGUGAUGUCAAUGGCUUUCUCACAAAAGAAUCCCAAGAACCAGUCAGAAACUCUGAAUUGGCUAUCCAAUGCCAUAAAAGAAUUUGGCUUUUCUGGGUUGAAUGUCAAAGCUUUCAUUAGCAAUGUGAAGACAGCUCUUGCUGCAACAAACCCAGCCGUGAGGACGUCUGCCAUCACCCUGCUGGGUGUGAUGUAUCUGUAUGUUGGCCCUUCCUUGCGAAUGUUCUUUGAAGACGAGAAGCCUGCACUCCUAUCCCAGAUAGAUGCAGAAUUUGAGAAGAUGCAGGGACAAAGCCCACCUGCUCCAACCAGAGGGAUUUCCAAGCACAGCGUCAGUGGUACAGAUGAAGGAGAAGAUGGAGAUGAACCUGAUGAUGGGGGCAAUGAUGUUGUUGAUCUUUUGCCAAGGACAGAGAUCAGUGAUAAAAUCACUUCAGAAUUGGUGUCUAAGAUUGGUGACAAGAAUUGGAAGAUUAGGAAAGAAGGCCUAGAUGAGGUGGCAGGUAUCAUAAAUGAAGCAAAGUUUAUCCAGCCGAAUAUAGGAGAGCUUCCAACUGCAUUGAAAGGUCGGCUCAAUGAUUCAAAUAAAAUCUUGGUGCAGCAGACAUUGAACAUCCUCCAACAGCUGGCAGUAGCCAUGGGCCCGAACAUCAAGCAACAUGUAAAGAACCUAGGCAUCCCCAUUAUCACCGUGCUUGGAGACAGCAAGAACAAUGUCCGAGCUGCUGCCCUCGCCACUGUGAAUGCUUGGGCAGAACAGACUGGCAUGAAGGAGUGGCUGGAGGGAGAAGAUCUUUCUGAAGAGCUCAAAAAGGAAAAUCCUUUCUUGAGGCAGGAGCUUCUGGGCUGGCUGGCUGAGAAACUACCCACUCUGCGCUCCACCCCCACAGACCUUAUCCUUUGUGUUCCUCAUCUCUAUUCUUGCCUAGAAGAUCGAAAUGGAGAUGUGAGGAAGAAAGCCCAGGAUGCUCUGCCAUUCUUCAUGAUGCAUUUAGGUUAUGAAAAAAUGGCCAAGGCUACUGGAAAACUAAAGCCAACUUCUAAAGAUCAAGUAUUGGCCAUGCUAGAGAAAGCCAAAGCUAACAUGCCAGCCAAGCCUGCCGCUCCUGCAAAAGCAGCUUCUAAAUCAAUAGCAGGGUCAGCUCCAGCCAAAUUCCAGCCUACUUCAGCCCCUGCUGAAGAUUCUGUUUGCAGCACUGUAGACCUCAAAUCUGAUCCGAAAAAGGCCAAAGCUCAAGGAGUUUCCUCUAAAGCAAAGAGUGCACAAGCAAAGAAAGUUCCAAGCAAAACCAGCUUAAAGGAGGAUGAAGACAAAUCUGGGCCUAUUUUUAUUGUUGUUCCAAAUGGAAAAGAGCAAAGGAUGAAAGAUGAAAAAGCAUUGAAGGUGCUGAAGUGGAAUUUUACAACCCCACGAGAUGAAUACAUUGAACAGCUAAAGACUCAGAUGUCUAGCUGUGUGGCUAAAUGGCUACAGGAUGAGAUGUUUCACUCAGACUUUCAGCAUCAUAACAAAGCCCUGGCUGUCAUGGUUGAUCACUUGGAAAGUGAAAAAGAAGGUGUCAUUGGUUGCCUGGAUCUCAUCUUAAAGUGGCUUACCUUGCGAUUUUUUGACACCAAUACAAGUGUCCUAAUGAAAGCACUAGAAUAUUUAAAAUUGCUCUUCACCCUGCUGACAGAAGAGGAGUAUCAUCUUACUGAGAAUGAAGCAUCUUCCUUCAUCCCCUAUCUCAUCCUUAAGGUUGGAGAACCAAAGGAUGUCAUUCGUAAAGAUGUCCGUGCCAUCCUGAACCGGAUGUGCCUUGUCUACCCAUCCAGCAAGAUGUUCCCCUUCAUCAUGGAAGGAACCAAAUCUAAAAACUCUAAGCAGAGAGCAGAGUGCCUGGAAGAGCUGGGGUGCCUGGUCGAGUCCUAUGGCAUGAAUGUUUGCCAACCAACCCCAGGAAAAGCCUUAAAGGAGAUAGCUAUUCAUAUCGGAGACCGUGACAACGCUGUUCGCAACGCUGCACUCAACACCAUCGUAACGGUGUAUAACGUAUAUGGGGAUCAGGUGUUCAAACUGAUCGGAAAUCUUUCUGAAAAGGAUAUGAGCAUGCUCGAGGAGAGGAUCAAGCGGUCAGCGAAGAGGCCUUCUGCUGCACCCAUGAAACAGGUGGAAGAGAAACCCCAGCGCACACAGAGCAUAAGCGCCAACGCCAACAUGCUGCGCAAGGGACCCGCUGAGGACAUGUCCUCCAAACUCAACCAAGCCCGAAGCAUGAGCGGGCAUCCCGAGGCAGCCCAGAUGGUUCGCCGAGAAUUCCAGCUGGAUCUAGAUGAGAUUGAGAAUGACAAUGGUACAGUCCGAUGUGAGAUGCCAGAACUGGUCCAGCACAAACUGGAUGACAUUUUCGAACCAGUUCUUAUUCCUGAACCCAAGGUCCGGGCUGUCUCUCCGCACUUCGAUGACAUGCACAGUAAUACCGCAUCCACAAUCAACUUCAUCAUCUCCCAAGUAGCCAGUGGUGACAUCAACACGAGCAUCCAAGCUCUGACACAGAUCGACGAGGUCCUGCGACAGGAAGACAAAGCCGAAGCUAUGUCUGGCCACAUUGAUCAGUUUCUCAUAGCCACCUUCAUGCAGCUGAGACUCAGCUACAACACGCACAUGGCCGACGAGAAGCUGGAGAAGGACGAGAUCAUCAAGUUGUACAGCUGCAUCAUCGGCAACAUGAUUUCGCUGUUUCAGAUAGAGAGCCUGGCCCGAGAGGCCUCCACGGGAGUACUGAAAGACCUGAUGCAUGGCCUCAUCACCUUGAUGCUGGACUCUCGGAUUGAAGAUCUAGAGGAAGGACAGCAGGUGAUCCGCUCUGUGAACCUCUUGGUGGUGAAGGUUCUGGAGAAGUCAGACCAGACCAACAUCCUGAGCGCCCUACUUGUUUUGCUCCAAGACAGCCUACUAGCAACAGCCAGUUCUCCCAAAUUCUCAGAACUCGUUAUGAAGUGUCUCUGGAGAAUGGUCCGGCUAUUGCCUGAUACUAUCAACAGCAUUAAUCUGGACAGAAUUCUUCUGGACAUCCACAUUUUCAUGAAGGUCUUCCCCAAAGAAAAAUUGAAGCAAUGCAAAAGUGAAUUUCCCAUUAGGACCCUAAAGACCCUGCUGCACACCUUAUGCAAAUUGAAAGGCCCCAAGAUCCUAGACCACCUAACGAUGAUCGACAACAAGAACGAGUCGGAGCUGGAGGCCCACCUCUGCCGGAUGAUGAAGCACAGCAUGGACCAGACCGGGAGCAAGUCCGAUAAGGAGACAGAGAAAGGAGCGUCUCGGAUAGAUGAAAAAUCAUCAAAGGCCAAAGUGAACGAUUUCUUAGCUGAGAUUUUUAAGAAGAUUGGCUCCAAAGAGAACACGAAAGAGGGCCUAGCAGAGCUAUAUGAAUACAAGAAGAAAUACUCAGAUGCUGACAUCGAGCCAUUUCUGAAAAACUCCUCACAGUUCUUCCAGAGCUAUGUCGAGAGAGGCCUUCGGGUGAUUGAGAUGGAGCGGGAGGGCAAAGGCCGCAUUCCCACCUCAGCAGGCAUCUCUCCUCAGAUGGAGGUCACAUGCGUGCCCACCCCCACAAGCACAGUGUCCUCCAUAGGGAACACAAAUGGAGAAGAGGUGGGCCCGUCCGUCUACCUGGAAAGGCUAAAGAUCCUCCGGCAGCGAUGUGGUCUGGACAACACGAAGCAAGAUGACCGACCGCCGCUGACCUCUUUGCUCUCCAAACCAGCAGUCCCCACGGUCGCCUCCUCCACAGACAUGCUGCACAGCAAGCUCUCCCAGCUCCGGGAGUCCCGGGAGCAGCACCAGCACUCGGACCUGGAUUCCCACCAGACUCACUCUUCAGGAGCCGUGACCACAUCCUCCUCCACAGCCAACAUCGACGACUUGAAAAAAAGACUGGAGAGAAUAAAGAGUAGUCGCAAAUGAAGCUGCCCUCCCCUGCACCCGCAGCUUUAGUCUACUAAACUAGGAGGCCGCGUAGCCCGUGGCCUCGCCGGCCUCGGGGACACGAACUGGCUGUACGCCGCGUGGGCACCGGGGAGCCGCGGUGGCGUCGCUGUGGCACAGGCGUUGUACAUACCCGCUCCCGCGAGCCCGCCCGGGAGCCCGCCUGUGGGUUAGUGUAGUGUACAGACUCGGGCCAGCGCCCCUCCUCCCAGCUCAGACUAGGUUCCAUCUCCUUUUUCUUUUUUUUUCUUUUCUUUUUAACUGCUCAUUUCUAAAAUUGUUCUAAUCUUUCCUAGCUUUUAACUCUUAGAAACUCUUUCAUAGUUUCCCUUUGAGUUUGUGAGCUCUUCUCCCUGUAGCCCUGAAGGGUCACUGUAUUCUGUAUGAACGCAUGGCAUGGUGCAACUAAUUUAAGAGUCUUUUAUAAAUAAAGUUUGCAUUAACUA